GAUACAUAAAGCAGACGUUAUGACGUUAGGACGUUAUGCGGUGGUAGCCUACAGAUAAUUUCGCUUUCUGUUCUGGUGAAUUGAAAUUUAAAGUCUGAAGUCAGAACUUCCGGAUAAUCUGUCAGGGGCUCUUUACUUUAUCUUUAGUUCACGGAUUUGUGUCGAUGGAUAAGAAGGAAGCAACGCGCACCUGCGGCAAAUGCCACAGAGAGGUUGCAGAGACCAACUUUGCUCUGCACGAAACGCACUGCAGCCGCUUCUUAUGUCUCUGUCCUGACUGUGAUGAAGCAGUUCCCAGAGAGCAGCUAAACCAACACAGAGAGGAACAGCAUACCCAGGUGAGAUGCUCCAAGUGUAGCCAGAAGAUGGAGCGUUGUUACCUGAUGGAUCAUGAGUCUGAUGAGUGUGUGGAGCGUCUGCAGAGCUGUCAGUUCUGCGAGCUGGAGCUGCCUUGGAAGGAGCUGGACAAACACCAUCUGGCCUGUGGGAGUCGCACCAACCUCUGCGGGGACUGCGGCCGCUACGUCACCCUCAGGGACCAGCCCGAGCAUGACUUGACCUGCUCAGCCACUCACAAUGGCUCAGGUCCUCCUCAAACUCCCACCAAACGACCACCAAAGAAGACAAAAAUCCCAGUGAGUUGUGACAGGUGUAUGGCAUCAUUUCCAGCUGAGGAUAUAAAGAAACAUGAGCUGGAGUGUGUUCCAACAACCACGUGGGAAGAUGAAGAUGAAGCGGCAGAGGCAGACUCUUUCCCCAGGCACGGGGCCACUUCUUGGCUAAGCAGCGCCUAUAAGGCAACCGCCCUGUCAGACAGACCCAGCAGUGGUCCCUGGGGUGAUGGAGGUGACCCAGACCAGAUCAGCAUCUGCCCCCACUGUCAUCUGGCCCUGCCCCUCGUCACACUACGUCGGCAUAAGGUGAAGUGCCAAAUUCACCUUCUCUUGAAAUAAAGAGAGAGAACUCCUCAGAAUGGCCAAGCUGCUUCAGAGAUCUUUGUCAUUCGUAAAGGGAUGGAAGACAAGCAUUUGGGCUGUUGAAAUGCAAUUUUGUUAUUGGCCGACUUUUGAUUUAUUUUUGUUUAAAUGUAUUGUUUGUAAUGUUCCUUUUGUUAAAUACAAAUAGUAAACUGUAACGCUAAACGCUCUGUCUAAACCAGUGAAUAGAAUGUUUUGAGUCAGAAACAUAUUGAGCAAUUUAGUAUCAGUUAAUAGAGAAAUGGAUCGGAUGAUGCUAAAGUGCAAUAAAAUGCAUAAAAGGUUUA